AUGGAAAAGAAAGAAAGGAAAUGGGUUUCAACUUCACUUGCAAUUGGUAUAUACGUUAUUGGUCAAGCUUUGGCAGUUUGGGCUCAUUUCGGAUGUGUCUUCUUCAUUCUUUCACUCAUCCUCUUCACAUACUGGAAUACUGGAAGACGACGUCACGGCGAGAUGAGCGCCUAUUCAGUUUUCAAUGACAAUUGCGAGAGGUUGGCUGGAAGUAUGACCGCUGAGCAUUUCGAAAGAGACAUGUUGAGACAAAGGAGGUGA